AUGGCAUUUAAAAUAUCACCAGAAAAAGCUUUUACAUUUACAAAAUUGAGUGUAUUUUUUACCGCUAUAUGGCCACCAAAUUGUAAUGAUAGUAGUUUUAAAAUUAAAUUAGCAAAUAUUUUUUGGAUUUAUUCCAUAAUAAGUGCUAUGUGUUUAUUAAUACCCAUGUUAGCAUCCGUUUUAGUAUACAAAGACAACCCAAUGAUAGUGUCGAAAUCUAUAUGUUUAUCUUGUGCUGUGAUUCAAGUUAUUGCUAAAGCAAUAGUAUGCCGACAUCAUCAAAAAAAAUUACAGUUUCUGGUAAAAGAGUUAACACAUUUUCUUAAAAAAGCAAAGAAGGAAGAAAGACAGUUAAUUGAAAAAUAUAUAAAUCGACGAGCUAUUUUUCAUAUGACAUUUACUUUAUGUUGUUUUGGAAGCUCGUUUUUUGUUAUUUGUGGACCAAUAUUUUUGCCUUUUUCAUUACCAGCUGAUGCUGUAUAUCCAUUUUCUGUUAAUUCAAGCCCGAUAUGGGAAAUUAUCUACGUGCAUCAAGCAAGUGUUGGAAUUCAGGCCUCUUCUGGAAUGUGUGUGGAUAAUUUGGUUGCAUAUAUACUUUGGUACACAGGAGUAAGAUUCGAAUCACUUUACUAUAAAUUUAAGCAUAUAAAAGAUAGUAAAGAGAUGCUGCAAUGCAUAAAAGAACAUCAAUAUUUGCUCAGAUAUGGUACAACAGUUGCUGAUACAUUCCGAUAUGUAAUAUUUACUACUGUAUUAUCCGUAACUGCUGGAUUAGCAUUUGCCGGCAUUUAUCUCUUUAGCCCACAGCCAAUAUUUGUAAAAGGACAAUUCGUGGUAGUAUCUAUAAGUGUUGUUGUUAAUUUAUAUGUCACAGCAUUACCAUCAAAUAAUUUGAUAUCAAUGUGUCAUAAGGUAGGAGAUGUUGUUUAUGAAUCAUUAUGGGUGGGAGAUUCGCCAAGUAUAAUGAAACAUUGGAUAUUCAUCAUACAAAGAUGUCAAAAGCCAGUCGUCAUAGCAAUUCCUGGGUUAAUAAAAGAACUGUCUCUGCAAUUUUACUCUAGCGUGCUGUGUAGUACUUUUUCAUACUUUUCAGCAUUGCAUGUGAUAAUGACUAAAGAAUAA